GUUCGAUCAUGUAUCAGCCCUUUUCCCUCGUCAUAUGCUCCUGCUUCGUCUUAAUCAGUCGCGCCCAGACUUGUUACUGGCCCAACGGGAGUCAAUUGACCGCGAAAGAUAACUAUACAGCAUGCUCAUCGGAUGCAGUCAGUCAGUGCUGCGCCAUCGGGCACGCUUGCUUGAGCAAUGGGCUUUGCUUUAAUCCCACCAAGGGAUCAGUGUAUCGACGAGGCUGCACAGAUUCGAAAUGGUCUUCGAGCGCCUGCCCGCAGUACUGCAACACUAUGUCUGACUUCAAGCAAAGUUCUGUGACGCUUGCACCGUGCCCGCCAGAUGCAAAUGGCCAAUGGAAUUGGUGGUGUGGUCAGGACUACACGAAUGUUUGCGGGUCAAGUAAUCAAAAUACGUCUAUAUUCAACUACCCUGCCAACGCCUAUAUUCUCAAAGUAGCCGGUUCUGAGAACCAAACAACAACGGCCAUAUCUGGGUCAGCUACGAGCGGUACGAAUGCAGCGACGCCUCUUGAUCAGCCUGCAUCGUGUGCAAAUGGAUCCGACAAGGAUAAAGUGUCAAAGAUGACGCCAAUAGCAGUUGGAAUUGGAGUUGGCGUGCCUCUAGCAAUGUUGGCUACCACAAUGGGAUUUUUCUUUUGGAAAGAGCGAAAGAGACGAAUCAUUGCUGAGAGACUUGGAUACGCAGGACAGGUCAUUAACCUGGCAAAGCAGAGCUAUGAUAAAGACGGUGUGCCUUCAGUGCCUGUGUUUGAGCUUUCUCCAGACACAGCCAAGGUGCAAUUACACGGGAGCGAGAGUCGAUCAUAG